GAUAGUCAAUAAAUAAAAUAAAUUCAUCAGGUGACCUUGUCUACAGUGUUGCUAAGUGAGACAUUAUGAGAAUUUUAAGUGCUUGAUAUGGCUCUUAUUUUGAACAGUUGUAAAGAUGGAGAAUUUAGACGGUACCAAGGUCCCCGAACUAAAAGUGACUUCAUCAAUUUUAUCAGUGAGCAAGAAUGGAAGUCUGUUGAGCCUGUUUCUUCAUGGCUUGGACCAUCUUCAUUUUUGAUGAGCAGCAUGUCUGCCUUAUUUCAGCUUUCCAUGUGGAUUAGGCAAUGUCACACAUAUUUCACAGAAAACCUUGGUAUACCAAACUGGGGGUCCUAUGCAAUUUUUGCAUUUGUAACUUUGUUUUCGGGGUUGCUGCUAGGCCUUAUCAUGGUAUUUCUGGCCGAUUGUGUGUGUCCCUCUAAAAAGCAAAGGCCAUACCAGCACCCUCAUCAGAGAAAGCUACUAGAAUCUGCUCAACAUUCGAAAAAAAAAAGUGAAGGACUUGAGGGAGUCAAUCUUGAUGGUGGAAGGGACCGUGGAGAUCCAUGUUACCCUGUUCCUCCACCAAAUCCUGUGAGGCAACGCGUCGCAAAGCCAGAGUCUGAAGCAGAGCAGUCAUAGCUCUUGCCAGCAGGUUCAUCUUCUGGAGAUCCUGGAGGGAUGCCUAAUGAUCAAAUAUGCAGGUGGGCAGGAGAGGUGGGGAAGUCCUCCUCUUCUACCUCCCAAGAGAACCAAGACUCAGAAUCGUUUUGAGAUGGUGAAAAAUUGUUUCUGAAUCUUUCAGUGGGACAAAUUUAAAGCGUGGCGAUGGAAAUGCUUUUCCCUUUCUCCCUGGAACAGGUCCGGGAGGUGCAAAGGAUUAAUUUGCCUAUGGCACAGUGAAUUCCAGAAUUUGGAUGAGUUGCCAAUCUGCAAUGACAGGACAAACAUUGGGCCCAAAACCAGAUGAUCCCGUCUGGGAAGCCUUUCUCUCCAUCCAGAAAUAAACCAGGAGGAAAAAAAAUGCUUUCUUCUAUUACUUGUUUGGAUCCUAACUCAAGAGGGUACUUCUACAGUUGGCUUGCUUUUUACAAAUACAAAAUUACAAAAAUCCUUUUUGCGUUCAGACUAAUAAUAAUAAUAAUAAACCUUCUGGCUAAUUUUGAAUACCCAGCAAGAGUUGAAGCCCAGAGUUUUGAACAGCAGUUAAUUUUCUCAAAAAAAGUUGGAUCCCAUAGCAAAGAGGGUUGUUUUUUUUUGUUUCUGUUUUAAAUUGCUUGUUAUGUGAGGUUGUUACACGAGAGGCUAUUGUUUAAAAGCGAAUGAACCCAAGUAUCCCUUUUGCCUAGCCUGAACUCCACCCUGUUCCCCAAUGUUACUUGAUUAGGGUACAUCAAACUUCAUAUGCCACUAUUUGGCAGGAAAAAGAAGUAAUCAUGUAAAGCUUGUUUAGUUAUCUUAUUCCUAAUAGCUUAAAGACUAGACUUAGAAGUUUAUUUGAUAAUCCUGAAGUGGAGGAUGCCACUGUUAGCAUAAUUGUCAGUUUCUUUCCCUGGGGGGAACUUUUGCUUAGAUUUUCAAUAAAAUCUCAUUUUUAUCAAUAUUUCAAGGCAUGUGGAUACUUGUAGCAACUUCCAUCAGCAUAUCACAAAGCCAAGAAAUCCUGCCCACAAUCGUUUUUCAUCUGUUUCCUUUCCUUUUAGUUCUGUUUCCUAAGACACAACAUUCUCACAGAAAGUUUUCUGACAUUACAUUCUUUUUGUACCACAAAAAGUCACUUUGCCAAUCUCAAGGAGGAAGACUCAAUAGCCACUUGACAUAGCUGGCUAGUCUGCCUUAACCACCGAUUAUGUUGACAAACUACACGUUAUCUGAUAAGUUUGAAAAGCUUUAAUAAAAUACGUUUAAGUUUGAAAAGCUUUAGAAAAACAGGAUAUUUCCUUGGAAAGGCUGGGUAGUAUAUGGCCUUAGCUGAUAAGUAGAAUACAGUUCAAUUGGCUUGUGAAGCAGGCUUAGAGCAAUUUAGUUUUGUAUAAAGUAUCUUUUUUUCCCCUUCUUAAAGCUUUCUUUAUAUUCUCAUGAAAACUACGAAUUACUUGCCAUUCUUUUCUGAACGCUGCCCAAGUUUUGAUGUAGGUAACGGGGAGACUCACAGACCAUAGCAUUGCUUGUUUUUCCAUUAGCAUUUUCUGUAGGAGCAAAAAAAAUAAAUUACACAUUUUCUUCCAAAGAUGUUAAAAGUCAGAUGCUGGCCCAGUAAGCAGCCAUCUCCUCCUCUGCUUGCUUGUGGUUUCCCUGUUUCCUUAAAAGGUCUUCCAGCCAUUGGGAAUCCGGUUGUUUGGCUCUAUAUAGGUGUGCUUGCCUCUGCCACAGAAAAUUGACUCGGUUAAUAUUUCUUCUCUUCCACCCCCUGGUAUGGUAUGAGUAUGAGCAUGUGGUUAAGAAUGUUUGUAUUGAAGAGCCAUGGUGGCGCAGUGGUUACAAUGCAGUAUUUCAGGCUGAUUCUGCCGACCGCAGGCAGUUCGA